AUGGCCAAAUUGCGCAGUGGUAAGGGUGACAACAUCUCACCUGCUCCUCCAACGUCGUCUGCUCAAACUCCAUGCCCUCUGAUGGAGUUCCUAGACCGGGAGGAGCUGGUCGCCACGAGCCGCCUGGACGAGUUCCGGCGCUUCUUUGACCUACAGAUUCAAUUCUGGGAUGAAUUCCGCCUCAAGCUAAAGGCCUGGGUCUCCUCGUUCUCCAGCUGGGUCAGCGUCCUCAACAUGGAAAGUGAACGUCGCAAGAUCGCCGAAACCUUCCUCGAGGAAAACGGACCCAAGUUCUGGGGCAGCGAUAAAACCCGCCAGAAGUACCUGAUGCAAGAAAGUAUCGAGUCCCGCGAUCUGUGCCUGUGGCCGGAGCGCAAAGAGGCCAUGAUCCGAGGAUUGAUGCUGCUCCUGGAGAAGACCGCCAAGCUCACAAAGGAGAGAAGUGCUGAUUCUUCUCUGUCGACAAUUCCCAACCUGUCGAACAUGAUGACCCAGUCUCCGCUCACUCCCACGCCUUCUCGACUGAUUGAUCGCAACGUGCUUCUCCAGUCUCAGACACCGAACAACUGCUCUCCGGCCAGACCGCUGCCUCUCCAUCUAGCUCUUCGCAACCCUACCCCAGCGACUACCACUCUGAGCCAGGAAAACUUUGCCAGCAUCGAGAACGAAGAGGUGUUCAUGGCCGGAACCUCGUGUCUGGUCCGCGAGGAUGGGGUGACCGACCGACCGAGUGUCUGCACCCCCUUCCAGCACUUUGUGACGUCGGAGCGCUUUUUGGAUGUCAUGGCCGAGAGCUGCGGGCUGCCACUCAUGGCUGAUCCUAGCGCCCUCCUGCUUCAUCGGGAGUCUCCCGUCGUGUCCCGUCGUGUUGUGGUGUCGGCUAUGGCCUGGCCCAGGUGGACGACUACCUCAUUCCCCAUCCGAUUGGGAUACGAAGGUGAUAUGCAGGUGCUGAUGAACAAAGUGAAGUACGCCUGGCAGGCGAAGUCACGGGGGGAAUUCCCCUGUUUCGAGUUUGAGAUUGAGGUUGUGCUGGUGGUGGAGGAGUGUUAG